GCUGAUGAACAGAACAGUCCUAGUUACGUCCCAAGAAUAUUUCCUGCUACAUACACCUCUGCAACGGUUAAUGCAAAUUUAGCCAUGUCAAGAUACCAACGAUAUAUGGAACGCAGUAACAAGAAAGAAAGAAAUACAGCAAAUGUACCCAAUAUUGAUUCAAGUACAUUUGAAAUAAUAGAAAAUACUCCUAGCACAAAAAUUGAUAAAGAAUGCCAAAUUGAAAUAUUUUCGAGUGUUGAAAAUGAAGGAAAAACAUUCAUUUGUAAUAGGUAUAUAUAUAGUGACAAAGAAAUAUGUGACUGUGAAGUUCAAACUGAAAUAUCAAGUAAUUCGAAGAUUAUUAAGUAUGACAAGAAGACGAAACACCAAGGAUGUAAUACUAUUGAAAAGAUUUACGCUCAUCAAGCAACCAUAACAGAGAAUAAAUAUUUUACUGGGUUUCGAUCAAUUGGCGAAGAUGAGGAACUCAUUGAUCUUGCCGGUGUUACCCUUGAUAAUUUUCGUUUUUUAUUAAAACGAACAGUGGACAAACACAAAUAUAUGGUUGCCAAAGAAGAUAGACUUCUCAUUUUUUUGAUGAAAAUGAAACUAGGUGUGACAUUUUCAGCUCUGAGUGUCUUGUUUGGUGUACAUCGAACAACAGUAUCAAGAAUAUUUUAUUUGUAUCUUGAAGAAUUAGCAUCGGCAACAUCUAAUUUGAUUUUUUGGCCCAGUAAAAGUGUUGUACAAAGAACAAUGCCCGACUGCUUUCAUCCAAAUUACUCUAACACUCGAGUGAUUAUUGAUUGCACAGAGUUUCAAAUAGAAGUGCCAUCUACAGUUGAUAAUCGUGUGUGGUGCUAUUCACAUUACAAAAAGGGUUUUACUGCAAAGGUGCUCAUAGGUAUUACACCAGGAGGCUUUAUUUCAUUUAAAUCUAAAGUGGCCGGUGGGAGGAAAAGCGAUUCGCAAAUAACAGUUGAAUCAGGAUUGGUUGAUCUUUUAGAAAAUGGAGACAUUGUUUUGGCUGACAAAGGAUUUCCACAAAUCAAAAAAUUUUUAGAUGAAAGUGGAAAAGAAAUAGGACUUGUUAUGCCACCUUUUCUAAAGAAUAAUAUGAAUUUUUCAAGAGAUGAGACAGAUGCUACUUACAGUAUAGCUCGGGUCAGGAUUCAUGUAGAGAGGAUAAUGCAACGGCUGAGACUCUAUCAAAUAUUAAAUAAAAUUCCUCAAAACUUGUUUUGCCAUAUUGAUGAUAUUUUGCAUAUUUGCUGUGUAUUAGUAAAUUUGCAGUCCUCAAUAUUUUCUAACAAAUAAACCCAUGUAUGUUUUUGGGAUUGUUUUCUACAUUUUCAUAAUGAUGAAGGAUAGAAUUUAAAUAAAAAAUUUCAUACCAUAGUUUACUUUUAUUUAAUAACACAACAAUAGCAUAAACAGUAAAUAAAAUGUUUUAUUAUAAAUAUUGUGAACAAUUAACAUUACCUACCCUUAUUAAUUAUAUGUAACAAACACUAAUAAAUUAUGAAUGUUUAACCACAUUAAUCACCUAAAGCCCACUAGCACCAUUCCACUAACCUGGGGUUAACCGGUUAAACCUGGAAUUAUCAUGAUUACCAGGACAAUUUGACACUGGGUUAACGGUUUAACCGCUUAACCCCGGGUUAUUGAGAUGGUGCAAGUGGGCCUAAAG